AUGUUUGGUAUAAGGGCAUUCCCAAUGAAGUUGACUGUUGCACUAUUUUACACCAUUGCGUGUGCAGACAGCAACUUUGCAGCUAUUAGGAGGUUGACUGGUACGGACAUCUUUGCGGGAGGAACUGAUACAACUUACACUCUGUUGGAAUGGACGAUGACAGAGCUUCUAAGUCAUCCUAAUGCCAUGAACAAACUCCAGGAUGAAGUGAGAGAAAUAGGUAAAGGGAAGAAAGAAUUAGUGUGUGGGGAUUACUUAGACAAAAUGCAUUACUUAAAAGCAGUUAUUAAAGAAACACUGCGCUUACAUCCUCCGAUUCCUCUGUUAGUUCCUCGACAAGCAAGACAAGAUGUUAAAGUAAUGGGCUAUGAUAUUAAAGCUGGAACUAUGGUUAUAACUAAUGGUUGGGCUAUAGGGAGAGACCCUGCAAUUUGGGAUGAUGCGGAGGAAUUUAAGCCAGAGAGAUUCUUGAAUUCGUCGAUAGACUUUAAAGGGCAUGAUUUUGGAUUGAUACCAUUUGGAGCAGGAAGAAGGGGAUGUCCUGGGAUUUCAUUUGCGAUGGCUACUAAUGAGCUUGUGUUAGCAAAUGUUGUGAAGAAUUUUAAUUGGGAGUUGCCAAAGGGGCAAGAUCUGGAUAUGACUGAAUGCACUGGUUUAACCACUCACAGGAAAGUCCCUCUGCUUGCUGUUGCAACUCCUAAUGUGAUCCAAGAAUGA